CAGUAGCUGAGGGAAAGGCCUGUGAAGUGGUAGUCACCAAAUAAACAUAAUGUGCAUACAAAUAAAAUUUAAGAAAUAAAAUUAAAUAAAUUUCAUUAUUAAUUUAUUUAAAUUAGUUUUUUCAAAUAAAAGUACACUAAAAAAAAAUAGCUAAAAUAAAAGUGCGUAUGUGUAAAAUUAACGAGUAUAAUAAUUAAUAAGAAAAUACAAAAAUAGCACAAUGAGCGUUAUGAAAUUCGAAGUGCACAACAACAACAUAGAGCUAAAGAAAAGCAAGAAAUUUGAUUGGUACUGGGCGCCCAUCUACUGUGCUGUCUGGUAUGCGCUUUUCUAUGCCGCUGUCAUACCUAGCUUCUAUAAUUAUCCAAAGACACUACAAAUCAGCGAGGAACAACAACAUCCCGAUGAAUUUAUAGGACAACGCGCCGAACAACAACUAAUCACAUUAGCUGGUUUUGGCGUUAAACUUACAGGCACCGUAGAAAACGAAGUUCUAGCCAUCAAUUUUCUACUUGGAGAAAUUGAAAAAGUCAAGACACAAGCACGACUCGAUAUCUACGAUAUCGAUGUGGAGGUGCAAUACUCUUCGGGAAAUUUCGAGUUGUGGCAGAUGGCCACAAGCUAUCGUAAUGUCUCCAAUGUAGUGGUGAAAUUGGCACCAAAGAAUAUUAAGUCCACUUCAUAUUUACUGGUGAAUGCGCAUUUCGAUUCAGAAGUGCACUCACCGGCUGCCGGAGACGACGGUGUGAUGAUCGUGAUUAUGCUGGAGAUACUCAGAGUGAUUGCAAAAUCAGAGAAGCCGCUUAUGAAUCCCAUUGUAUUUCUUUUCAAUGGCGCUGAGGAGAGCAAUCUCCUGGCAUCGCACGGUUUCAUCACGCAACACACAUGGGCGCAGUAUUGCAAAGCUCUUAUCAAUUUGGACUCUGCUGGUUCGGGUGGUCGUGAAAUUCUCUUUCAAUCGGGUCCCAAUCACCCUUGGCUCAUGAAGUACUAUAAACAAAGUGUACCCCGCCCCUUUGCUACCACAAUCGCGGAAGAGUUAUUCCAAAAUAAUUUCAUACCGUCCGAUACCGAUUUUCGUAUCUUUCGUGACUAUGGCAUGUUACCGGGCCUCGAUAUGGCUCACUCACUCAACGGUUAUAUUUAUCACACUAAAUUUGAUACUUUUGCUAAUCUGGAACGGCACACAUGUCAGACGACUGGUGAUAACGUCUUGGCCUUAACGUGGGCACUGGCCAAUGCACCGGAAUUGAAGAAUCCAGGGGACCAAGCCAAAGGCCAUACCGUCUUCUACGAUUACCUCGGCUGGUUUUUGAUCUUCUACUCAGAAGACACUGGGGUUAUACUCAAUAUCACGUUCUCUAUUUGUGCUAUCAUAGUCAUCUCAGCUGCUUUUUUUCUAAUGUCACGUGCUGACGAUGCCGACACUACUAAGCGAGUCUUCAUACGCUUGCUUACCAUAUUUGUUGUACAAAUUAUAACAAUAGCUGCAGCAGUGGGUCUAACAAUUUUAGUUGCGGUUGCCAUAGAUGGCAUCGGUGUCUCAGAGUGUUGGUACUCAGAGCCUUGGCUCAUCUUUGGCAUCUACUUUUGUCCUAUCUUCUUUAUUAUGUGUUUGCUGCCGGCAAUCUACAUGCGUUGGACCAAGGAGCGAACCAAUAUGCAUCAUGAUGACUCCAUUGCCUGCUUUAUGCAUUCGCAUUGCCUCAUUUUGGUGUGCCUUUGUUUGGUUAUGACUGCUUUGAAUAUACGCUCGGCUUUCUUUCCAAUGAUUGCUAUCUUCUUCUACACAAUAUCGGUUGUGUUGAAUAUCAUAAAUCACUUGUGGGGCAGAAAAUACUUGUACUUGCCUAUACAUCUUCUCUGCCAGCUGUUGCCUUUUUGGUUUUAUACUUACCUAACAUUUGUAUUCCUCAAAACAUUUAUACCGAUGCAAGGACGCAGUGGACCAACAAGUAAACCGGAAUUUAUGAUUGCUGCUCUUUGUGCUAUAAUGAGCAUACAUUUCGGCGGUUUCAUUCUCCCAAUAUUGCAUAAGUUCCGCAAAUCAAAAACUUUUAUAAGCCUAUUUGGAGCUCUAUUUUUGAUAUUCAUUAUGAUUGCUUGCCUACCCGUCGGCUUUCCAUAUAAGAAGGAUGUCGCUGUACAGAGAGUUUACGUUUUGCACACGACUCGCACAUUCUACGAUGAACGGGGUUUUGUUUACAAAAAUGAAACCGGUUUCUAUGUGCAGCCCGUCGAUAAGCGCAUUGAAACCUUGAAGAAAACUAUUUUUCAAAAUGCUGAACCAAAAUCGAAGAUUCAAGAAGAUUGCGAGACGGAAAUUUUUUGCGGUUUGCCAUUAUAUAAUUCCCGUUGGAUGGAUUGGAAAAACUCUUCACGCUGGACAGUGGCGCCAAGUCCAAAUUUACCUAUAUCAACCGAACUCAAAUUAACCUCAAAAACGUAUAUUACUGAGACACGAGUCCGUUAUGGUUUCAGCUUAAAGUCCGCAGACCGCGUAGUGAUCUAUGUAGAUCCUUAUCCAAAUACGAAAGUUGUUGAUUGGACUUUCGAUAAGACCUCAUUGAACAGCAAUUUCUCGACACCUUACUUUGUGUAUCACGUUUAUUCGAUGGAUGAUAGGCCAUUGGAUUUCUGGAUUGAAUUGGACCGCGGUUCUCCAGACUAUGAGGGCGCCGCACUGCGUCUUGGGAUCGGUGCACACUUCAUGUACCACGAAGCUUACUAUACUGAAGAAUUAAAAGAGUUCCUCAAGCUAUUUCCCGAAUGGUCCUAUCCGAUAGACUGGUUAGCUUCGUAUGAGAGUCGCUUUUUCUAGUAUUUUCUUUAAAUUUCGAAUUUAUUAUAAAGUAAAACAAUUAUAUUAUUUUAAUUUUAACAUAACUUUAGGAUAUUUUUAUAUCUUUAUUUUUGUAUAAUGUUAAUUUCAAAAGAUAUACAAAAAAUCAUAUAAGAACUAAUAAUUACAAUUAUAUAUCUGACUAUAAAUAUUUUUUUUACAAAAUUAAAUAAAAAAA